AUUUAUCAUCAUACAAAGAAACAUUAGAAAAAAUGAAAAAGAAUGGAUUUUCUGUUGAUACACUACUUACACAAAUUCGUUCAGAAAUGGAAAUUAACAAAAAUUUAUUAAAUGACAGUAAAGAUAGUAUUAGUAAACUUGAAAAAAAUAUGC